AUGGCCGGCACUACCCCGGGGUCGAAGAAAAACACACCGCCCAGGAAUUGGGUGGCCUGGUUCUUUGCUGUCAGCUUUUCGCUUCUCGCCCUGCUUGCAGUCUAUCAAAUCCGGAUCGUGGCCAUAACGUCAGCGAUCUCGGAGAAAAUGGAGCUUGUUAACAAGAUGGCUAGAUUCCCCGAGUAUGGGAUUCCUCUUCGGAAGACCUACACAGGAGUAGGUCAGCUGGAUCAGGGCCUCGCGUUCCUCGUCUCCUCGUUUAUUCACGGGACCUCUGGUUGGGACAAAGGCUUCUAUGUCCUUCAGGUCUACUUUCUGGUCUCAUAUUUUGCAGUUGUGGCAGUGUGGACAGUGGAAUCCUGCAGGAAACGCAACAGCGUUGCGUUAAUCAGCUUCACGAGCAUCUGGGCCCUGUUUUAUCAGACAGUCGGCGGUGCCAUCAUUGUGCCUCUCUACUACCUUGCUUACCUCUGGGACUCUGCAGACUCUCAAUACUGGUCAGCCGAAUCGAGACAGGUCCCGGUGUCAUAUGCUAAAGCUUUGCUGCCAGCAUUGCUUCUGGGAUACCUGGUCCCAACGACCUUGAUGUUUCUUCCUUACUCAGACUCAGACCUCUGGACUACACAGGCCAUGAUCGCGCUGUGGCAGCCGAGUCCGUGGUUUGUCAACGCGAUCUUAUGGAUCCUAUCCACCUUCUACGGAAGUAUGGAUUCACAGACUGCAGGGCAGGAAUCAUCGCUCCGCGACAUGAAGUAUCUGGAUUCGACCUACAUGGUGGUCUUUUUGGUUUCGGUAAUUUCACACUUUGGGACAGUUCUUGUGUGCCUUCUGUCAGACGAUCCUCAGCAUUCAUUCAGCCAUGCUUUCGUUCCGCACGUGAGGCACGUAGAACCUAACUUGACUGAAGGUCUCCAUGCGAUCUUCCAAUACGACUUCUGGAUUAUAUUUGCAGCAUCUCUGCUCUGGAUUUGGCUUGCUGUUUGGGACUUGAAGAGGGUCGGCAAGACGAAUGCUUCAUUGAGUAGGGCGGCGCUCCUAAUCUUGUUCGGUACAAUAGCUGUUGGGCCUGCUGCCACAAUCGUGGGUGUCUGGUACUGGAGAGAGCAUGUCAUGGCCAAAGCCAACGCUUGA